AUGGCGCGUAUUAGAGGGUACGGGAACGUCACUGUCGGUGUGCUGUCGCUGAUCAGCAUCUACAUGGGUGUGAACUUCUUCCAGCCGAUUGUGAUCGAGCAACUGCGGAAAGACGGCCACCUGCGGCAGGACAUGCAACUGCCGCAUUACGACAGCGACGGCAAAGUUAUCCCCCCGGGGGAACUGGCAGAUGCGCCCGCAGGGGCAGACGUGCAGGGAGAAACGGCCCGGAAAGACGCUCCCCCAAAAGAAGCUCAAAGCUGA